CUACAGGAGAAGAAGAUGGCUGCUGCAGCAGGGUUGGCUCAGAAGGUGUGCCACUUCAGCACCUCCCUAAUCAGGCCAGCAUCAAAACUGGUACAGCCACCAAUUCAAGUAUUUGGGCUGGAAGGUCGAUAUGCCACUGCGCUCUACUCUGCUGCUUCUAAGCAGAAGAAGUUGGACCAGGUUGAGAAAGAGCUGACUCGAGUUCUGACACUUCUGAAGGACCCUAAAUUAUCUGUCGUUGUCAUGAAUCCUCACGUAAAGAGUGCAGUAAAGCAAAAGACCGUGAAUGAAAUUUUAGCUAAAGAGAAAAUGUCACCUGUCACUGUCAACUUUAUCAAUUUGCUUGCUGAAAAUGGUCGCUUGAAAAACACGCCAGGUGUAAUUUCUGCAUUUGCUAAGAUUAUGAGUGCAUUCCGUGGAGAAGUUUUAUGCUCCGUAACCACUGCUCAGCCCUUGGAUGAAGCUAAUCUUACGGAGUUGAAGGCAGCUUUGAAUGGCUUUUUAGCUAAAGGAGAAAUACUGAAACUGGAGAUAAAGACUGACCCAACAAUCUUGGGUGGAAUGGUUGUCAGCAUUGGAGAGAAAUUCGUUGACAUGUCGACAAAGACCAAGAUUCAGAAACUAAGCAAGAUCAUGAGAGAGACUGUCUAAACAUCUUGAGAUGCUUCCUCAUCCUGCAAAAAACCUAGUCAGCUGUAUGAUGAAAACAAUAAAAAUGGUUCUCCUUAA